GGAAUUUCGCAACCGCUUAUUGGCUUCGGCACAUGGAAUUUAAAAGAAUCGCCUGAAAAUACUACUAGGGCAGUCGCGAUUGCGAUUGAAACAGGCUACAGACAAAUUGAUUGCGCAGCUGCGUAUGGCAAUGAGAAAGCAGUUGGAAAGGGGAUCGCGGAUGGAUUGAAGAAGGCCGGGCUGAGCAGAGACGAAAUAUGGGUCACGAGUAAGCUAUGGAAUGACCAUCACGACCCGGACCGCGUAGAAGCAGGACUAAACCAAUCCCUCGAGGACCUCGGACUUGACUACUUUGACUUAUAUCUUAUGCACUGGCCCGUGGGCAAAGGCCCAGACGAUGGAAAGUAUCACUGGGACUACGUCAAAACCUGGCACGCCAUGUCUGCCCUUCUCAAAACCGGGCGCGUCCGCAACAUCGGCGUGUCGAAUUUCGCUCCCUCGCAGAUGAAGAAGUUGAUCAAGCACAGCAAAGUCAAGCCCGCCGUGCACCAGAUGGAACUCCACCCCUACCUGCCGCAGGCGAAAUGGAUCCGCGCGCAUCAAGCAGCCGGCAUUGCAGUCACUGCUUACUCGCCCUUGGGAAACAUGAAUCCGACGUACGGCGACCGCUCGCGCCGCUCCCCGACGACGCAGUCUAAAGCUCCAUUGCUCCUCGAAAAUGAAACCGUGGAGGACAUCGCGGAGAAGCGGAACUGUACGCCUGCGCAGGUUGCCCUCGCUUGGGGCAUGAGCAGAGGCACGAGUGUCAUUCCGAAGAGCAAGCAUGCGAAGUAUAUUGAAGAGAAUCUUGGGGCGAAGACGUGUUUGUUGGAAAAGGACGAUUUUGCUAGGAUUACGAAGUUGGGCGAGGAGCCGAUUAGGUUUAAUAAUCCCGGGGGUGGAUGGGGAGUGCAUUUGUUCGAG